AUGAGCUUUUUGCAAAAUUUACUUAAAUUGAGCGUCACCCGCCUGGCGAACAGAGAAAAGGUUGAACUGAGCUCGUUUAUUGGAGAAAAACCGACCGUUUUCUUCUUCAUUCGACGCUUCGGAUGUCCGCUUUGCCGAUAUCAAGUGAAGGACUACAGUCGAAUUUACGAGUCUGUUACGAAAGUUGCGAACUUCGUUGUGAUAUCUCCGGAAUUCCUCGGCCACGAAGAAUUCACUUCGAAUGGUUACUGGCCAGGAGAAGUUUUUAUUGACGAAAAGAAGGAGUGCUACUCGACAAUUGGUUUCAAGCGCUACAAUCCUAUCAAUGUUAUGGGCGUCUUCUUUGACAAACAAGUAAAAGAAAUGAACGCAAAAGCCGAAGCUCAAGGCAUCACCGGAAACUUCGCUGGAGACAAGCUCGCUACAGGAGGAGUCAUCAUCGUCGACAAAGAAGGAAAAAACGUGCUCAUGGAGUUCAAGCAAAAAUCAGCAGGGGACCAUUGCGAGCCGCAGAAAAUCCUCGACGCCUUGAAAAUCGACGAAACAGUCGAAGAUGGCGAGGGCUCUGGAACUUGCGGAACAGAAGCUUGCGGACUUUGA